AUCAAGAUGAGGUAGAGGUCCAGGUCCUAAGCGAUCGGGUUUAGGUUGCGAAUUAGGAGUGAGAAUCUCUGAUGAUAUUAAAGAUGAUGGAGCUGGUGUUGUUGAUGUUGGUGCUAAAUCGGAGGGCACCUGGCCGGAAACGUCCACUACUGGCACUUCUUCUUUCUUCACUAUUGGAGUUGAUGUUACUUCGGACUCGCUAAGUACAUGAGCUGUAGCGACAGAAUAUGGACCAUCAUGGAAAAUUGAUUGUUUUUUAGGUCCUGGCACUGAGCCAGUAAAUACUGGAGCUGAGAUUGUUGGGGUCGAGAUAAUUAAUGCGUCAAUGGUAAUGGAUAUUUGGUAUUACAGCUUCCAUUCCAGUGGCUCAUAAGUUUGGCUACAAUUCAGCUUUUAAAUACUCAGUGUUUCGGUUCAUGUUUGCUGUGAUUCUUACAUUCAUGUUAAUCCUAAGAACUUGGCAACGGGCAAAAAUCACCGACCAAAUGAAUGCUCGCCAUCCUGAUGUUGAUUCAAAAUCAUUCACACCAGCAGAAUUACUUGCAUAUUAAUCAAAUAAAUACAAAAACAACACAUGCGUUCCCGUUGAAAAUUCUAUAACCCAAAAUUCACUUUUCGCCCGUUGCCAAGUUCGUAAGAUUUUCGUUUGUUAAAUUGCUAACACGAUUUUUCACCGAUUUCCCUCUGGUUGUCUCUUUUUCUGUCUUCUAAAGAAUAGACUGAAAUUGUGAUUGAAACUCAACUAAGAGCUUGUUGUGCGCUGACAAUAAUUAUCAUAACUUAAUUUUAGCUUAAAGAACGUUGACGGUUUCUCUUUAACGUUCCAACUGAUCCUAAGAAUUAAGCUUUUCGAUUCAGAAAAUUAAAACGUAAAAUCAGCUAAAUAAGCAGCAAUAUGCAUAUCUUUGGAAUAUUUAUGUUUAGAAAAAAGGGAUAACCUUUGAGUCGCAGUUGCUUUUCUCAAAAAAUCGCAACGCUUCACAAACUAUUAUCAUCAGUCAAAUGUACUAUUGCAUAUGAUGGGAUGGAGUUAAGAAAAAAGAAAUUCGCAAUUAACUUCGCGAAAAGCGAGCCAGAGUCUAGCCUUUUCUCCGAUUAGCUUUUAGUUGUAACUUUAUUGAAAUCGAUUGGCAGGUGAUGAAGGUUCCAUUGUUUCUUUUUUAAGAAAGCCACUGAUUGAGAAAUAGUAAGACACGAUUGAAUCGUCACAUGAAAAAUAUUUAGUGCUAAUAAAACAUCAGAAUGGUUUUGUUGUGAAUAAGUCUAUCAUCAACAAUUAGUUGAUUAUUAGUUACCUAAACAAUUGUGUUUAGGAAUUUAAAAUCCAGAACAAUCAAAUGGAUUGAGUAAUAAUCAAUCAUGAAUGAAUCAUCAUUAGAUCAUGAAAAACAACAAUAUUGAUUACUUUUGGCCACAGAUGAAUUAUUUUCAAUUCAUUUCUUUUCAAUUGAUAAUAUUGUGACUAUAUUGAAGGAUAAAACAGUUUCGUUUAGCAAUACAAUGUAGCUUUUUAGUCAUCCUGAUGGGCGAGGACAACACCCUUUAAUAAGAUUCGCCGAGUAUAAAACUAUCAUCAUAGUUUGAUUGGGUUUUAUUUAAUCAUUUUGCACUUUUUAAUUCAUUUUGACAACAGUUUCGAUACAAAUGAACUUUAAUUAUCUUGUUACCUUAUCUUUUCUCAUAAUGUUGAUAGUCAAUAACACUCAAUAUGCUUCUGUUUCGGCUGUACAGUCUGUUGAAGAUUAUUCCAAUAGUUCGAUCAAGUUAAACUAUCAAUAUGUUCGCAAUUUUGGAAAGUUUAUUUUACUCAAUGUGAAUGCUACAGAAACUGGACCAAAACAAGUGGAAAAGUGUAGUUUGUCAUUACAAAGUCAACACGAUGUCAAUGGUACAUUAUACUGGAGCUCGACUUUUGAUUAUUCUGUUGUCCACAGCUCUCGAAUUGAAUCCGAGAACAAGGUCAUUUUCAAAAUUUUAGUCAAAUAUGUGAAACCAUCUCCUAAUUAUCGAUUCACUGCAGUCUGUAGGCACUCGGAUGGUAGGAUGAGUAUUGCAAAUAAUCUCGAUUUCAAGCUGGACUCAAUGAUAUCUAAGCAUCACAUGUUGGCUGUUCUUCCAGUCGAUGUUGAAACCAGUUCAUCAAUAAUAUUGACUUAUCAAUUGGAUAGUAUAUUGAGAGAUUUUAUUACCCUCACUUUGAAUGCUACUGAAACCGGAUCUAAACUAAUUAGAAUCUGUAGUUUAUCCGUUCAAACUGAACGAAGCGUUCAUGGUAAAAAAUAUUGGGCUCCCAUAACUGACUAUUCUAUUAUCGAUUAUGAUCGACCAAAAUUUGAGAACAAGUUUAUAUUCAAUAUACAACUCAAACAUCUUAAACCAUCACCGAAAUAUCGAUUCACCGUCCCUUGUAUGCAUCUUGAUCGUUCAGUGACUUCUUCAGGUAAUCUUGACAUUAACAUAGAUUCAAUCGAAUACUUUUUAUAAUGAGAUGACUCACACUAUUUUAUUGUAAAGGGUUAUGAAUAAAUAUUGAAUACCAGCGUCGAUAACUGUUGCAUUCAUUUUCAAACUCAUUUUCUCCGACUGUAUACGAUUAAUUGAGACUGAGAUAUCCAGUGUUUUCCAUUUGAAUUCACCUCUUUCUGCUUGAGGAACUUGUUUAGGUUACGCAUUAAAAAUUCAUCACUUUGCUGUAGGGAAAGUCUAUGCAUCUGAAUAGAGGCGAUCAAUAACAAUUAACUUUAUAAUGAUUAAUAACGACAGAAAAACAGACAAAAAAACGUGUUUAUUGAUGAAUUCCCCGUUAUAAUAAUUAAAGAAAUUUCCUCUUUCCAUCUUCUUAAAUAAUUAAAUUGUUAUAAUGAGAAACUGAACGCGCACCAAACAAUUUGAUUGUUGCAGUGACGGAAAAUUGUUAUUAGUUCAUUUUAUCGUUUUUUGUUCAAACCAACACUUUGUUUGUAAAUUUGUGGUACAAAAUGUUAACUCCAUUGAAAAGCCGAUCAAUCGAUGAAAAAGUGUCCACUUUGUAUAAAAGAUUAAGAUCUCAGGCCACUUGUGAACCCGCAAUCGUCGAGGGAUGGACAUUCAGAGAGAAACCGUCUUGGUAUGAUGAGGAUAAAUUCAAAAGGGCUCAAAGAUGGGCUUGUUAUCAUUUUGUCAGGUAAGAAGCUAAUAAAUGCAAAAUUGAUUACGAUUUAAUCACUAAUUAACUUUCUGGUAUGUUCUGAUCUCUAAUUAUGACAACUAACCAAACAAUGAAAAUUUUCUCAACAGUCACUUUCAAUCUUCUAGUUUUCGUGUCAACUAUUACAUCGUAUUAAUAAUGCUCGGAACUAUUUUUUUCUUCCUUAUAUUCGGACAUUGUUUUUCUGAGCCAUUUAACGGGACUAUUGGUCAUCUUCGAUAUGCCUUCAAUGAUGCCUCCAGUAGCAAAGCUUUUCAAUCAUUACCUGGACACAUUUCGACACGUAAAGAUUUGGGACGAAUCUGACUCAGUCAUGGUUGGUAGUGAUGCUAAUAAGUCACUUCGAAAGAUCAACAAUUUACAUUGUGGAAUAGUGAAAAGUAUGAAUGGUUCAGUUCCUAAAGAUUCAGCUCAACCAAUUUGGGUGUCACAAUAUGAUAUGGUUUUGAUUCUUUGGUCAAUCAUGGCUCCGAUUGUUUUGUUCCCUCGAAAAUUGAGAAUCCAUUCAAUGACUCAGAGUCAAAUCUUCUCGGCAGUUAUUGCUUACGCUCUCGGGAUCAAAGAUGAAAUCAUAUUUCAAGAUCAACUGCAUACGAUGAAGUUUAUGGCAUUUGUGAUAAACUAUUAGAAUCUGGUGUACGACCUGUGGCUCAAGAACGUAAAUAUCCUUCUGGAUCAGAAGUUCUGAUCAUGGAUAUGAAGUUUCCAAGGUUCUUAUGAUUGCUCUUUAACCUUUAGCCUCGAUAAUUUCUCUCCAAGGAUUAAUGCGUCAAUAGUAACGGAUAUUUGAUAUUACAGCUUCCAUUCCAGUGGCUCAUAAGUUUGGCUACAAAUCAGUCAUGACUCUUGAUUUUUGAUUACAUUAGGAAAAAGCAGCUUUUUAAAAUCUAAUAUCUGUAGCUCUUGAAGCUUUUCGUAUACUUUAGAGAGACACCAGCACAAUAACGCGCAUAUCAGUAAGAAAGGAACGAAGAAUGCGAAAAUUGGAAAGUUUUUUGUUGAAAUAAUUCACGCA